AUGGCUUCAUCAUCGACAAAGACCAGCCUCUCCAUCACCCAUAUCGGCACCGCAACCGCCGUUCUUGAGUUCGACGGAGUCAACCUGCUCACCGAUCCCUUCUUCUCUCCGGCGGGCAGCUCCUUUGAUCUCCAAAUCGUCACCCUCCUCGUUGAACACGAUCCCGCCUUGAACCUCGACCAGCUCCCGCCCAUCGACGGCGUGCUCCUGAGCCACGAAGACCACGUCGACAACCUCGACGACCUCGGCCGCACCCUCCUCAACGGCCGCCACGUCCUCACCACCAUGGACGGCGCGCAGAAGCUCGCGCCGCGGCCGGGCGUCCGCGGCCUGCAGCCGUGGGAGCGCAUCACGCUGUCCAUGGGCGGCAAGCAGUUCCACGUCACCGCCACGCCGUGCCAGCACCUGCCCGGCGGCGAGUCGACCGGCUUCCUCGUGCAGCACCCGGACGGCAGCGUCGACGCCGCGUCCGGCCUGCCCAACGCCAUCUGGUUCGCCGGCGACACUGUCUACUUCCCCGAGCUGCGUGAGAUCCGCAACAAGUUUCACGUUACUGCCGCCGUGCUUAACCUCGGCUCCGCACACGUCGAUCUGCCCGACGUGGGACGCACGCAGAUUACCAUGGAUGGGAAGCAGGGCGCUCAGGCUGUGCGCGAGCUGGGUGCAGACUUUCUCGUGCCGAUGCAUUAUGACUCCUGGCACCACUUUACCCAGCAUGGCGACGAGUUGCGCAAGGCCUUUGAGGAGGAGGGGGUGCUGGAUAAGGUUUGCUGGCUCGUUCCCGGAAAGCCCGUCAAGAUUUUCUGA